AUGGUGCUUUUGUGGAAGAAGAACCCAGGACCCUCGGGUGAGGAGUCCAGCUUCGAGUACACAGACAGCGACUCCUCAGACGACAACAGACCUUUGAAAGCGAAGAGGAAGCUGCCUCCUAUCUCACCUGAGAUGGACAACAGUCACAAGAGUCCGCUGACAUCGCCAGAAAUCUACCAGAGCAGCCAAAUGGACCACUCUGAGGCCGGGAAAAGGCUGGCUCGUUACGCCACAGACCCUAUAAUUGUAAACUGGUCCGAGCUCUUACUGAAACGAGCCGCAAAUGUCUUUGAUCCAGACUUUGGAAGAGUCGAGUUUCAGGGAUUUGAAGGCACCAGCGCCAUGAGAAAAGCGCAGCUACAUACAUUUGACCACAGCACGGAGCCUGCUGAUGGGACUAAGGAGGACAUACAGGGGGAUAUUGAUCCCGUAGAGGCCGAGGCAAGAAUGGUCAGGCAGCAGGAGCUCCAGCGGCAGAACAACGAACUCAACCGCCGCCGUAGCCUUGAACGGCACCAGGAGCGUAAAGCUAAGAAAAAAAACAAAAGCACGAGUCCAGAGAUGGAGGAGGCUCUCAAGGAAAUACGCCACGCUGAGCGUCGGCAUCGCAAGCUUGAAAGAAGAAAAAAGAAGGAGGCAGCCAGGGAGCGCCAGACCCAGGAGCAGUGGUACAUUGAGGAGCAGGAGUUUCUCAAGCUGGAGCGUGAGAAGGAAGCUGCCAGGGAAGCGGCCCGCGAGGCGUCCAGGGAAGAGAAGCGUUUGCGUAAAGAAGCAAAGCGGGCUGAAAAAGAAAAGCGUCGUCAGGAACGAGAGCGAGAGCGUGAGGAGGAGCGUGAACGGGAACGGGAACGGGAACGUGAGCGUGAGAAGGAACGGGAGAAAAAGAGAAGAGAGGAGGAGAAAGCCAGAGAGCGCAGGGAGCGUCAACGGCAGAGAGAGGAGGCUGAAAGAGAGAGAGUUCGCCAGGAGGAAGAGGCAGAGCGUGAGCGGGUCCGGCAAGAAGAAGAGGCCGAGAGAAGGCGUCAAGAGGAGGAAGCCGAGCGAACUCGUCGGGAAGAAAGACGUGAGCGUCGUCGGGAACGUCGCAACAAAAGCAGAGGCCGUGAGCUUGAUGAAAAUAGUCCCGAGGCUCAGGAAAGAAACCGUCGUCGUCGUGAGGCCAGAGAAGAACGGGCUCGCCAGCGUGAGGAAAGGGCAACAGAACGAGCAAUCAGGCAAGUUCAGGCGGCCGAGAGAGCAGCAGAAAGAAGAGCAGAACGGCGCCGGCGCCGUGCUCUUGAUGCUCAGGCCACGGCAGCCAUGGGACCGCCUCCCAGAGACGAAUACAGCACCAUCGACGAAGACAUUCCUCCAUACCGUGAACGCCUACACAAGUACCUUGAUUUGGUGGCCUACGACGAGCGUUUUGCACCUAUCCUUCGUGUGAACCGAUACUUGGUUUGCGGCGACGAUGAGUUGAUUGCAGCGAUCAACCAAUUUUCAAGCCUGAACCUCUUGCCAAAAAAGACAGACCUCUGGAACAUCUCUCAUGUGGACGACACGGAGUACGAAAACAUGAUCCCGGUACUUAUCCCUGAGAACUCCUACUACGAAAACGAAAUCUUGGGCCUCGUGACCCCAGACACCCGGAGCCUAGUGAGCUAG